AUGGAAUUCAGGGCCCCACCGUCGAACUCGAAAUCUCUAGACUUUAGCAAUGCGGCCACGUACACUAUAGGCAAUAUACUCCCGGUUAUCUGGACGGAGCCGCUCAUCGGCGUUGCCGCAUCGCUUCUUCUAUGGCGGGCAAACGCAACUGGAGAUCUGAUUGAGCCAUCGGAAUAUCUGACACAGAGUGUCGUGAACAAGACCGACUAUAGCUGGCUUAUCAGGACUGGCCUGGACCUUACAGCGUCAAAUCUUUUGCAAUUGACCAUCUACCAAGAGGGUGAAGUCGAACCAGACGAUUUCAGCCAGUAUUUCUAUCUAGUAGACAAAGUCGACUCGGUAUCGGUGUCAACGUCGUCCACUUCAUCUUUGCUUCUAGUAAGCUCAACGUCCGCCGCGACGUCCUCAGUCUCUACUGCAGCAAGCUCGACACACACUAGCGCACCGACAACCGCACCCGUACCCAGCACAGCAGCGCACGCGAACAGCUUUCCCAUAUCAGCCAAAAUCGGUGUUGGCGUAGGUAUACCUGUUGCACUUCUCCUCGGUUUGGUCGUCGGGUUCCUCUUGUUCCGUCGCCACAAGAAGGACACCGCUAGACAACAGACACCUGACACCCAAGUCGCUGAGCAGUACAAGUACGGACACUACGCACCUCCUCUGAACGAGGCGCCACCAGAGAGCUUGGUAGAGUUGGACCCACAGCACGCCGCAGAGGUUCAUGCGCACAAAACGCCAAACGAUGGGGCAGCGUCAACGAGGUACGAGAUGUAG